UCGAGUUAAUAGGUUUGUCAGUCAGGGGUUAGAGUCUACGUGGUGAGGUUUGGAACCGUCAAUCCGGUUGUGCACUGAUCACCAUGGUUGACACCUGGAGUGGAAAGAGCACUAGCCCCUAUACCCAGGAACAGCAAGAGAAGAUGACCGCCUUAGUGAGAGAGAACAAAGAGAGGAAGGAGCUCAUGAAACAGGCGAUGUUAAAGGCAAUCGCAGAGGAGCAGGUAGUGAAGAUGAAGGAAUUGGAGGAGGAGAUGGAGAAGAGGAAAAAGGCUGCUGAGGAAGAAGCGCCAGCAGAAGCAGAAGCAGAAGAAAGGAAACGCAAGGAAGUGAAAGGGGAGAGUAGUGGCACGACGAAUGAUGACGCCGCCAUGGAGAAGAAGAUAAGUGAGUGGGUCGCUAAUUUAUCAUUGGGAGAAGAUGAGGAGGCAGAGUUUUAUGUGCCCCAGAAUGAGAGGGAUGCAUUAGCCAGUGAGCUAGCGACAAUAGAGGACCCUCUGGAACGGCGAGAAAGAGAAGAAAAGAAGAAGCUGGAGUGGAAACUGAGAAUGAAGAGGGAAAAGAAGCGAAGGAGGGACGAAGCUAAUAGGCUGACCGAGGAGGUGGCAAAGGUACGGGGCUGUCGACAAGAGGUCCAGGCGCAGCCAGACAUCUCUGCCAAAAUGGACAAGAUGUUAGCAUAUCUGGAAGUGUUGAGUGCGGUCUGGUUGGAGGAGCGUCAAACCAGUAAGGGUCAGGAUGUGGCCCUGACUGCCAUGCGGUCAGGAUUUAGAGAUUUCGCGCGCGAUAUGGUCACCCGCGUUGGAGGCGAAGUUAGGCGAUUGAGAGACAGCGUGGGAAAGUUUUGUGAGGGCGCCAUCGAAGGUGCCAAAGCGAUAGCCGCUGUAGAGGGCGAGGCCAGACCUCGUAAAGAUCCCGUAAAGCUUAAGUUCCCGGAUGCGUACGGGGGAAAGGAGGAGAAUUUCGAUAACUGGGAGGCCAACGUAAAUAGCGUGGCAGAAGAGUUAAAGGAGAGGAUGCCAGCCUGGGCCAAAAUGAAGAAAGAGAGUAAAGGACAUCUGAUCUUAGUAGAUGUAGAAGUGUUUAGAAGCAGAGUAGGGGCCCUUAUAGAUUCAGGGGCUACCCGUAGUUAUAUCAGCCGUAGAGCGUUGAAGAAGCUGAGGCUAGGGUUAAAGGUCAAGAAAUUGGAAGACCCCAUAGUCAGUGUCUUCGCAGACAACCGCACAAUGCGAGUUGAGGACUAUGUAGAGGGAGUCCAGGCGUACUUUCGCCUAGUGAAGGAUGGGAAGGUGGAGAAAGUUCUCCAUUCUCUGACUCUCCUCGUACAAGAUGACCUUCCUUUUGAUAUGGUGUUAGGAAUGGAUUGGGGAGAGGCAGCAAGGGCCACACUCCACUUGAGAGAGCAUGAGUGUAGGCUCCCUAGUCUAUCAGGCGAGGUUAAGACGGCCCGCCUGUUUCAUGUGUCAGGUGUAGAUAACACCCUGGCACAUUGUUGUCUCAGUGCUCCCGCGUUCCCGCGACUAGUGAAGAAGGAGCAAUUAGAGGACCAGGUCUUUGUAGUUUAUGUUAGACCUGUCACCGAGGCCAAGGAAGAGGAUAGUUCCACAGAUCCAACCAUAGCCAAGCUGCUGGAGGAAUUCAAAGAUUUGACUGAGUCGCCGACAGGGGUAGUGCCGCGACCCAUCCAACACAGAAUAGAGAUAGAGUCUGGCAGUAGAACUCCUAAGGGAGCAGUCUACAGAAUGUCCCCUAGAGAGUUAGAGGAGCUGCGUAAGCAGUUAGGCGAACUCCUCGAAAAAGGUCGGAUCAGGCCCAGUUCGUCUCCUUUUGGAGCACCUGUUCUGUUCGUCCCCAAGAAGGAAGGAGAGCUUCGUAUGUGUAUAGACUAUAGGGGUUUGAAUGCUAUCACUGUGAAGAAUGUUGAACCACUGCCCAGGAUAGACGAUCUGCUAGAUCGGGUGCAGGGUUGCAAGUAUUUCUCUAAGAUAGAUCUGAAGUCCGGAUACCAUCAGAUAGAGGUCCAUCCUGAUGACCAGUACAAGACUGCGUUCCGGACUAGAUAUGGGCACUAUGAGUUUAUAGUGAUGCCCUUUGGAUUGACCAAUGCGCCAGCUACUUUUCAGCGUUGUAUGAAUGAUCUAUUUAGACCGUGGUUAGACAGGUUUGUAGUAGUCUAUUUAGACGAUAUCUUAAUAUUCAGCAGGAUCCUCCAAGAGCAUCAGGGUCAUCUCAGACAAGUCUUGGAGAAGCUGAGACAGGCUAAAUUCAAGAUCAACGCAAAGAAGUGUGAGUGGGCCAAGACGCAAGUUUUGUACUUGGGCCACGUUUUAGACGGAGAUGGCAUUAAGCCAGAGGACAGUAAGAUAGCGGCAAUUAGAGACUGGCUGACGCCCCGCACGUUGACAGAGUUGCGGUCGUUCUUAGGCCUAGCUAACUACUACAGGAAGUUUGUGAGGAACUUCUCCACUAUCGCCGUUCCCCUGCGCAGGUUGCUCAAGAAAGAGGCAAUCUGGCAAUGGGAUAAAGACUGUACGUCAGCGCUAAAGAAAUUGAAGCGCGCGUUAAUAGAGUACCCUGUCCUCAAAGUAGUUGAUCCGUCUCUGCCAUUUGUCGUCACCACGGACACGAGUCAGUAUGGUAUAGGCGCCGUGUUGCAGCAAGACGACGGCAAUGGCUAUAGGCCCGUAGAGUUCAUGUCCGCGAGGAUGCCCUCAGAGAAAGUAGCCACCUUGACGUACGAGAGAGAACUCUACGCUGUGUUGCNACGACGACAAUGGCUAUAGGCCCGUAGAGUUCAUGUCCGCGAGGAUGCCCUCAGAGAAAGUAGCCACCUUGACGUACGAGAGAGAACUCUACGCUCUCAGGCAGGCUUUAGAGCACUGGAAGCAUUACUUGCUUGGGAGGCACUUCAAAGUUUGCUUUGACCAUAAAACUCUCAGAUGGUUAAAGACCCAGGCCAAGAUGACACCUAAGUUAACUAGGUGGGCCGCUGAGAUAGACCAAUUUGACUUUGAGCUCAAACCGGUCAAAGGCAAGUACAAUGUAGCUGCGGAUGCUCUGAGUAGGAGAUCAGACUACUUUGGAGCUAUAGUACACUAUCUGGACAUAGGGAAGGACCUGCAAGAGAAAGUAAGACAGGCUUAUGCGCAGGAUCCCAUCUAUAGUGACCUUCUCAAGAGAGUUAAGGAGGCCCCAGAGACCGAGCCAGACUACCGCACUACUGAGGGACUAUUGUUUGAGAAGACUAACGUAGUAGACCGCCUGUGCAUCCCCAACAGUGAGGAGAUCCGUAGUCUGAUCCUAGGGGAAUGCCAUGACACAGAGGGACACUUCGGUUGGGAGAAGACUUUAGCCAAUCUAAUGCGUGCCUAUACCUGGCCAGGAAUGAAAGCUGACUGCAUAG